UUUGUCUUGGAGGGACUACAAUUGCUCUUCUAUUGCGAGUGCCUUCUGCUGGCUGAGUACGUUGAGUGUGUCGUGCCUCUCCUCCUCGUGACCUACAAGGAAAUCCUUCGGCAGCUGCCCAACGCCAUUUACUACCCGGAUGGAGUAGGAAUCUGGGGUACAAGUGCAAUAGCGAACACGUUGGCGUUCGCAGCACUGGAGGCUGGGUCACUGCUGCUGUUACUAUAUUUCCUGCAGCGCAAGUUUGUAUUUUCGCCGCUGUAUCAGCUUGCAUUCGUGCUCGAGACACAGAUGUACGUUAUCCAAGCAAGCUUAUUCCUUCAGAUUGUGGUUCAGCUGCAGUAUGAGCUCGCACAUUUAGGUAAGUGGUGCCCGUACCUGCAUCUGCGAUGA